AUGUCCAAAAACAUGCCCGCGACUUCAAUCUGUCCAGCAUCCCGACCCCCUCGCCUGCCACUUUCGAAGCUCAACGAAUUUCGCAUAUAUGUGUCAGGCCUGUCUACCCCGAAAAAGAUCCAGAGCUGGAAGAAGCGAUGGUACCACGCACCUCCCGAUCUGCGCAACUACGUCCGGGAGGUCUUUCAUUACGACAAAGAGCUCUACUACCAAUCUUAUCGACCUGACCAUGAAGACAUCGAACACAUUUUGGAAGAAGGAAUGAGAGCUUUCUCCAAGCUCAUAAAAAGAAUGGCUCGGAAGGCUCGGCAGGAGCGACUUCAAUACCUGUACCUCGUGGGUCAAUCCAUGUUACAGCAAUUCAGCGCGGACCUGAUCCGCGAGAAUCCGAUUUCGACACCGAUAUUCUCAGACUUUGUGUUUGUGUCGAUCGAUUUCGAAGGUGAGCCAGAGAAUGAAGGCAUCAACGAGGUAGGCUUUGCCACUCUUGACAGCAGAGAUGUUCUCCCGUCUGUAAGGGCGGAACUCCACAUUCAAGACAAGAAUUUUGCAUUCAAGAGAUUUCAACGCAACCGGCCUUUUAUGUUUGGUCAAACGAUCAGAGCAAACAGCUGUGAGCUCUCGAAAAUAGUGUCUGACGAGCUCGGCAGCAGGUCCGACCAGGGCACUCCACGGAAGAUCCUCCUGGUAGGACACGGAAUUCCCAAUGAGAUUCAGAUCAUGGACUCACUCGAUCUGCAAAUUGAGACCCUAGUGACAGGUGUUGUUGAUACUCACCAGCUUGCGGAGACGCUUGGCAUACGUUCGGCCUCUCUGCAUAGGCUCUUGACGCUUCGAAGUGUACCUCACGCGAUGUCGUCUCUGCAUUGCGGUGGGAACGACGCUCACUACACUCUUCAGCUUCUUCUCUCCUUAUUGUGCGAUGCUCACACAGGUUCAUCGAACUUGGAGGUCCCGUUCGGUGUGGCGCGAUUGCGAGAGCUUUCGACAYGAGCCGGACCACCACGAGCCCGAGACAAGCAUCCCAGCUGUGGUGAUAACAGCGAGACGGAUAUCGGCGAAGUCGCCUUCCUGGCUCACGACAGAGAUGAGGAUGGUGUCGAAUGA